UUCACUUCCUCUGAGUUCUCAGUUCAUAUAUUGUCCCUUUUGUGGUUAUAAUUAAUUAUAUCAUUCAAGCUUCUCGCAACAGUUCACCAGUGUUUGCUAAAACAUUGCAUUGGAGAGCUAGUCUUGCAAUAAUGAGCAUUCAGAUUGCGGAUAGUGCUGUAAAUUGCUGCUAACUCGAGGUGUUGAACCGGUUGCAUUUUUUGUUUGAGAUUUUGUUGGUCUCUAACGGCUUUAUAUCAAAGGCAACAAAAAAUGGAAGAAAUUGUUGAAGAACCAGUGCCACUAAUUGGGAGACAACUCAACUAUCUAAUUUACUAUGAUUCCAACAUAGAAAGUCUAAAAGAUGCUCUUAAAAAGCUUGACGACAAGAAAAAUGAUGUGCAAAGAUCUGUGGAUGCUGCAAAAAGGAAUGGUGCAACCAUCAAAGAUCAAGUUCAGAGCUGGCUGGAGGAUGUAAGCAAAACAUUUCGUGAAGCACAAGAACUUGAAACUAGAGUCAACAUGCAAAGGCGGUGUUUGUAUGGAUUGUGCCCAAGUUUGAAAUUGCGGUAUUCUCUGAGUAGGAAAGCGAAGAAGAUUGCUCAGGCAGUGUUUAUACUUGAUCUCAAACUAGAUGGAGGACUGAGUAAUAAUGUUGCCAAUCCUGCACCUUUGGAAAAGCUAGGGUCAAUAAUCUCUGGAGAUGGUUUUAAGAGUUUUGAAUCCAGAAAAGCAGUCAUGAAUGAUGUGCUUAUAGCUUUGAGGAAUGAAAAGUCAAGAAUAAUUGGGGUAUGCGGGAUGGGAGGUGUGGGUAAAACCACAAUGGUGAGAGAAAUCAGAGAAAUCAUCAACAGAUUAGAAGGAACGAAUAGGCUGUUUGAUAAGGUUGUGUUGGCAACUAUAUCUGCAACUGUAAACAUUACGAGAAUUCAAACUGAAAUUGCAGACUCACUGGAUAUGGAAUUCGUCAAGGAAAGUGAAUCUAUAAGAGCACAAAGGCUACAUGAGACAAUCAAGUACAGUAAUAGAAUCUUAAUUAUAUUAGAUGAUGUAUGGUCAGAGCUUAAAUUAGAGGAUGUAGGAAUCCCUUUUGGUGUUUAUGAAAGGUGCAAAAUUUUGUUGACAUCUCAAAAUGAAGAAGUUUGUAAAAUAAUGGGGUGUAAAGAUGACAUUUUUAGAGUCCAAGCCUUAAAUAAAGAAGAAGCAUGGGAGCUUUUCAGGGCGACUGUAGGUGAAUCCUUGGACAAUAAUCCUGAUUUGUCUCAUGCUGCAAAGUUGAUUGUUGAUGAAUGCAAAGGUUUACCCAUUGCUAUCAUAACUGUUGGGAAAGCUCUUCUAUCAAGUAACGGCAAGCAUGAAUGGACUACUGCCUUGGAAGAACUAAAAAACUCUACCUCAGUAAAUAUCCCUGGAAUGGAACCCAAGGUUUAUUCUUGCAUAAAAUUGAGUUAUGAUAAAUUGGAGAGUGAUGAAGUCAAGUCAUGCUUUUUACUUUGUUGCUUAUUUCCUGAAGAUUAUGAUGUUCCAAUUGAGUAUUUGGUGAGGUAUGGGUCGGGUCGAGCAACUUUCAGAAACACCAACACAAUCGAAGAUGUAAGAAACAAAGUGCAUUAUUUCAUUGGACAACUAAAAAGAAGGUAUUUGUUGCUGGAUAGUGAAAAGGAAGAAUGUAUCAAAAUGCACGACAUAGUUCGUGAUGUUGCUAUAUCAAUUGCCUCAAAAGAUCCUCACAGAUUUAUGGUAAGAUCAUUUGAUGCUGAAGGUGGAGGUAGAGGAUGGCCAGGAGUACAAAAAGUUACAAACCAAGAACAUUGCAAUGCAAUUUCGUUCCUCGAUGUUACGUUAGAUGAAGAUAUUUCUGAUGGUUUGGAGUGCCCAAAACUUGAGCUUCUACAAUUGAAAAAUUCCUCCUGUAGUUUUGAAUAUUCCAACCACUUUAAAAGGUUGAGAGAACUUAAGGUUUUAGCUGUCUUGGGAAUGGAUAUGUCAGGUUACUUGGCCUCGAAAAGAUCACUACCGCUUGGAGAACCCAAGUACCUUCAUACCUUGUGUCUAGAGGAUUGCGAAUUGGGAGACAUAUCCCAUGUUAUUGGAGAAUUGGAGAAUUUGGAGAUCCUCAGCUUUGCUCGCUCUCAAAUCAAGAAGUUGCCUAAAGAAAUAGGACUUCUUCAUCAGUUAAGGAUGCUGGAUGCAACAGACUGUAAAGCACUUGAAGAAAUUCCUCAUGGUGUCUUAUCCAACUUGAGGAGAUUAGAAGAGUUGUACAUGGCAGAAAGCUUUCUCUAUUGGGAGCCAGCAACAGGAAGCAAGGAUGAAACCAACAUGGCAAGCCUUGAUGAGGUGAUGUCUCUUUAUGAUCAUUUAAAUGUCUUAGCCAUAAAAAUCCAUGAUGUUCAGAUGUUGAGGAAUGUUGAGUUUUUUUUAAAAAGCCAGCCUAUAAGAUUUCAUGUGUCAAUCAAUAUUAGUUGGUCAUACCUAAAAAAGAGUUUCAAGAACCGAAUGCCUGGUUAUCUGUUCGAAAAUAGUUUGAUGCUUCGUGGUGAUGUAAAGGAACAUUUGGAGAUUGGAGCAGUUAGAUACUUCUUGAAGCAAUCUGAAAACUUAAGCCUACACCACACAUACAAUUUAAAGUAUGUCAUCGAGGAGUUAGAUGAUCAAGGGGACUUUCAACACUUGAAAGUGUUAUUAAUCAUGAAUGAUUUUGACAUAGAGUAUCUUAUGAAUGGAAUAUAUUGGCCUCGCCGUCGUCAACCUGCCUUCCCCAUCUUAGAGUCGGUUACCUUCAAGAAUGUUCACAAACUAAAAGUUAUGUGUCGUGGCAAACUGCCAGACAAGCACUCCUUCAUGAACCUAAGGUCCAUUGCAAUUGACAGUUGUCAUAAGUUAAAAUAUGUAUUUUCACUAUCCGUAGCACAAAACUUGGUACAACUCCAAAGCUUAACGGUUAAAAUCUGUGCUGAAGUGGAAGAGAUCAUAUCAAAGGAGAGAAUGGAAGAUGAUAAUGCAUCUCGCAUAUUCCCAGGAUUAACUAUUUUGAAACUUUCUUUUCUACAAAUUCUUCAUCGUUUCUACAUGGGAAACCAACAGGACUCCACCAAUGAGAUUAUAAAGCCUAAUGAUGAAAGUGUGAACAAGACGAAAGAGACUAGGAAUGACCAACAACAUGAUCAAGUUGCUGGGUCGACCUCAUCUGAAUCGGAAGAAGCACAAGUGGGAGCAAGUUGUAAUGCACUAUUUCCUUCAAAUUGCGUUUCAUGGUUACCAAAACUAGAGCAACUAGUGUUGGAGGUUUUGAGAAGCGAGGUAGUCAAUGUGGUAUUUGAUUUAGCAGGGCAUGACUCAGCUUUUUCUCAAUUACAGACAUUUCGAGUGUGGCAAUUAAGAGAGGUUGAGCAUUUGUGGAAGAACGUUCAACCUAGAUUCCAAGGUUUUCAAAAUAUAAGAUCUUUGAUAAUUAAAUAUUGUUACAGUCUAAAAUAUCUAUGCCCCUAUGAAAUUUACAAGAUCCUUGUGAAUCUCCAAGAAGUUGGAAUAGAAGCAUGUUCGGAUAUGGAAACUAUAGUACUGGCAGCAGCUUCCACAAAGGACAAUAUCAAUGAAGAAGGGAAAGAGACAGGUGGCAGUGGCGCGAUGAAUUUGUUUCCCAAACUACUCAAUAGCUUCUGUCUAGAGAAGUUGUCAAGCCUCGAGAGAUUUUGCCCUGAUGCCUAUUCUUUUGCGUGGUCCUCCUCCACAAGAACUAUGAAGGUGUCAAAGUGUCCCAAAUUAAAGACAUUGGGUUUUGCACCAGUAAGCAAAAAUCUGCCUGCAGUAGUUGCCGAGAAUUUGAGUGAUGAUCAUGUAAGAGGUAGAGAAGAAUCAGGUGGUGCAUCAUCAUCAUCAUCAUCAACUAGAUCUGGAUGUGCCCCACUAGUCUGCUUACAAAGUCGUCCAUCUACUCGCAACUUUACUCAAAUAUUGCCCCGCCCUGUAAAUAGAGAGGUAACGCCCACAAAUCUUCAAACCUCAAGUGCUACCCACAAUCUAGAAGAUCUCCUUGUACACAAGUGCGAUUUAUUGGAAGUGAUAUUUUUGGUUCAGGAAACCCCUUCUACUCAAGCAUUUGAUAAGCUGAGGGAGUUGAAGUUGUCGCAUUUACCAAUGCUGAGCCACAUAUGGGAAAAGGGUUUACAAGUUAGCUCAGGCUUUGGAAACUUGAGAUUACUAGAUGUACGGGGCUGUCACAAUUUGAGAUACUUGUUUUCACCACACAUAGCCAAACUUCUUACUUGCCUGAAGACAAUAAAUGUUUACCAUUGUAGUGCAAUGGAGAAAAUUGCUGGAGAGGCAGAUGGAGAAGGAGAAAGUGUUGAGGAUGAAUUGACAUUUCCGAACGUGAAAUAUAUCAAACUUGUGGAUUUACCCAAACUUGAAUCUUUCUGCUCUCAAGUUUAUACUUUGAAGUGGCCAGCUUUGGAGAAAGUCGAAGUUGAUGAGUGUCCAAAAUUAAAAGCCUUUGCUCCUGAGCCUAUAAAUGUAUAAGCAGCUGGCAUGUGUAUAUGAAGCGUCCACAUGGAAAGAAAAGAAGAAUAUCAUCAGAAGCCAAGAAGCUAGGGACAAGACUACAUGAUAUGUUGCGGUGCACAUCUACAAGAUACCAUGAUAUACCAAUUUCGUUUUUAUCAGACACCGUCGUCUUCAUCACUGAUUAUGCAUGUUCCAUGUUAAUGUUCUUCAAAUCCUGCCAUUGCAUCAAAACAUCACAUAAUUUAGCUAUUAUAUUUGCUCUUUAGUUGUAUUGAUUAAAAUGGAUAUAUUUGGAGCUUCCUUUCAUGUGUAAUUAUUGGAUAUUUGGCUCAACUGCUGGCAUUUGAAUCAUUGUAUAUUAUUGUUUGAUUUGGACCAAGUGGAUUUAUAAACCAAAGUUCUUAAUAGAAAGAUCCGUGUAAUAUACAUGAUUGAAUAA